CUUAGCGCCCGGCCCCCCGUCGCCGCCGCGGCCCAGCGAGCGGCCCAGAUGCAGGCCAUCAAGUGUGCGGUGGUGGGAGACGGAGCUGUGGGUCAGACUUGCCUCCUGAUCAGUUACACUACCAAUGCAUUUCCUGGAGAAUACAUCCCCACUGUCUUUGACAACUACUCUGCCAAUGUCGUGGUGGAGGGAAAACCCGUGAAUCUGGGCUUGUGGGACACAGCCGGACAAGAAGAUUAUGACCGAUUACGCCCCCUGUCCUACCUGCAGACAGAUGUAUUCUUAAUUUGCUUUUCUCUUGUGAGUCCUGCAUCAUUUGAAAGUGUUCAUGCAAAGUGGUACCCUGAAGUGCGACACCACUGUCCCAACACACCCAUCAUCCUGGUGGGGACGAAACUUGACCUGAGGGACGAUAAAGACACGAUCAAGAAGCUGAAGGAGAAGAAGCUGACGCCCAUCACCUACCCGCAGGGCUUGGCCAUGGCCAAGGAGAUCGGUGCCGUCAAAUACCUGGAGUGCUCGGCGCUCACGCAGUGAGGCCUCAAGACAGUGUUUGAUGAAGCGAUCCGGGCGGUUCUCUGCCCGCGCCCCGUCAAGAAGAGGAAGAGAAAGUUCCUGCUCUUGUGAACGUCUGCCCCCCACCGUCCGCCCCCAGGACCCUUUGAUGCUUUGCUCAAACGUGGGGCCUUCGCACUCAAUGCCAAGUAUUUGUUACAGAUUAGUUUUUCCAUAAAACCGUUUUGAACCAAUCAGUAAUUUCUAGGUUUUGUUUGUUUAAAGUGUAAGAAUUCAAACUUUCACAUUCUAUUAAAGUUCAGUC